UCUCUAUAUAUACCACUCCAAGUUCAUAAGAUUAGCACCACAAUAUAUACCCAACCCAUUCAUCAACAUCGAUCAACUAGUCUAUCCACUACGUACAAUGAUGAUCAAAUCCCUUGCACUCGUCGGCCUUGUUGCCUUGGCCUUCAGUUUCCUAUUUGGUGCUCAUGCUGCUCGAAUAACUUUCACAAACAACUGUCCAAGAACUAUUUGGCCAGGAACUUUAACAUCAGAUCAGAAACCUCAACUAUCAACUACUGGAUUUGAGCUGGCAUCCAAAGCAUCCAGAUCAAUUGAUAUCCAAGCUCCAUGGAAAGGUCGGUUCUGGGCCCGAACAGGAUGCACCACAAACUCAGGAAGGUUUACCUGCGAAACUGCUGAUUGUGCCUCCGGCCAGGUUGCAUGCAACGGCGCCGGUGCGAUCCCGCCGGCAUCUUUGGUAGAAAUCAACAUAGCAGCAAAUGGUGGACAAGAUUUCUAUGAUGUCAGCCUUGUAGACGGCUUCAACCUCCCUGUUUCAGUUGCCACAGAAGGAGGGACCGGUGACUGCAAGCGCUCGAGCUGCCAGGCAAACAUAAACGCGGUCUGUCCAGCUGAGCUGCAAGUGAAAGGGUCUGAUGGGAGUGUGAUCGCUUGCAAGAGCGCAUGCACAGCGUUCAAUCAGCCACAAUACUGUUGCACCGGUACUUUCAAUAAACCAGAGACAUGUCCACCUACGAAUUAUUCUAAGAUCUUCAAGGACCAAUGCCCUCAAGCCUAUAGCUACGCUUAUGAUGAUCAAACCAGCACCUUUACCUGCUUCAAUGCACCUAAUUACGUUAUUACUUUUUGCCCUUGAAUUUACAGAGAGGAAUUAUGAGUUCCUUCUCUCUAUAUAUAGUAAUAAGAGAACAAUAAGUAUCAUGGACUAAGGCACAUGCAUGAUUGUGUCUGUUUCAAUGUAAUAAACGCUUGAAUGAUCGAUAGAUAGCAAGCGAAUAAUGCAAACUUUUUCUCAUACUUAUUUCAGAGCAAGUAUAGUACUUGUGCUAAUGACAAUAAAUAUUUAUUGAUCA